GCCCCCCGGAAGGACCAAGAUGACGCCCCUUCCGGUUUUCGUGCCAGGCCUGUCGUCACUUCCGGUGGGCUGACCCCGGGCGCCCCGACCGGUCGGCUGGCGGAAGUUCCGGUCGGAGAGGCAGGAGAGUGUGUCUGGGAGCCGGGCAGAGAGCGAGAGAGGUGCCAGCUGUUGGAGUUCCUUUCAGUGUAUGUGUGGUAACAACAUGUCCGUCCCCCUCCUUGCUGACGCGGUGACUGUUUCAGGGGCAGAACGGGAGACUGCAGCGGUCAUUUUUUUACAUGGGCUUGGAGACACAGGGCACAGCUGGGCUGAGGCAUUAUCUUCCAUCCGGCUCCCAUAUGUGAAAUAUAUCUGUCCUCACGCGCCCAGGAUUCCUGUAACCCUCAACAUGAAGAUGGUGAUGCCCUCCUGGUUCGAUCUGAUGGGGCUGAGUCCGGACGCGCCUGAGGAUGAAGCUGGAAUCAAGAAAGCAGCUGAAAACCUUAAAGCAGUUAUUGAGCAUGAGAUCAAGAAUGGCAUCCCACCCAACCGCAUCAUCCUCGGGGGCUUCUCCCAGGGCGGUGCCUUAUCGCUCUACACGGCGCUCACCUCCCAAUACCAACUGGCUGGUAUCGUGGCUCUCAGCUGCUGGCUCCCGCUACACAAGGCCUUCCCUCAGGCAGCGAGCAACGGCGUGAACAAGGAUAUCGCCAUCCUGCAGUGUCACGGGGAGAUGGACCCCAUGAUCCCUGUCCGCUUCGGAGCCCUCACCGCUGAGAAGCUGAAAUCCGUCGUCACCCCCACGAAGGUUCAAUUCAAAACCUACCCUGGAAUGAUGCACAGCUCCUGCCCUCAGGAGAUGAUGGCGGUGAAGGAAUUCAUUGAGAAGCUGCUGCCCCGGAUCUAAGCGGAGCCACUCGAGACUGUCACAGGGAAAGGAGGCAAGGUCACCACUGCUGAUCUUUCCCACUGAUCCUGUCUGCUGCAAAUGGACACCAUGGCAACCAACCUCAACUCCAGUUGUUUUCCCUCCCUUCAGUCUUUCCCUCUCCUGUCUCUUCUGCACCACGGUCCCUCAGGUGUGUGGGGUGUUGCUCCCCGGUGCUCCCUGAGUUAAGAGUGGAGCUAUUUAAGGUAGAGACUGUCCCAAGUCCAGUGUGGCCUUAUCUCUUGUUUUUCUCUUGAGGAUUUCGAUCCCCUUGAUUUUCCUGUAUCCGACCUGGCUGUGGAGGUGAGCUCAGCACUAACUCAGGCUGAUUUCCUUGGUCUUGUCUCUCCUGUUGCAGUAUUAGCAGGGAGUCCCUCCCCUGGAAAGCAGGAGAUGUCUGGGAUCUGGGGAGGGCUGCUGGCCCAUGCUCCCCUGGUCUUGAGCUCGAGAACUUUGCAAAGCUACCUAGAAAGGCCCGAUGACCCUGCUGUGUGACCCAGUGGGGUCAUGGCCUCUCGGCAACUGCACGGUCCUUUGGUCUCCAUGGCAGGACGAAUCAGAGGUUUUUAAAACAAAUCAGCCUCUUGAACCUGAGCCUCCAGGGGGGCCCAGCUGAGGGGCUGUUGGGCCAGAGAGCGCUACACUGGGACUGUACCUUAAACUCUGCUCCCUCUCCCAGCAGCACAGCUGAGGGAGCUGGCAGCACACGUGGGUUGGAAGGUAGCCACCUACGUUCUCCAUGCCCGCCCCCCCUCCUGCCAUGCGCUCUGUUACACGCACCCCCACCAGGAAGGCAGCCAUGCCCACGGGCUCCACACUGCGUCUGAUUGUGUCUCUGCUGCCAGGGCGCAGCGGCUCAGCUGUUCUAGAGAUAAUCGAGGGAUUUCCUUCUCUUCCUGUUGCUUUUUACAAUCUUCUCCGUUCUGUGUGCUGGGGCAUCCCCGCCCGUCUCACCUCUCAUUGCCGCACUGUUAGAAGCUAGGCAAGGAGGCAAAGACAAAUCACUGCAGUUUACAGCCAGCUUCCUAGUGUAUUUCCCCUGAGGUCUGGCCUGGGUGCCGGCCCAGUCAGGAGCGUCUCUUGCUGCUACAGCAGGGUCAGGUCAGGUCAAGUGGAAGGACAGAAGGAAAAGCUGCAGCUGAUGCUCUUGUCCUGGGCUGGGAUAGAUGCAGGCAGGAGACUUGUUCCCAGCCUCGUCGUCCUCACCAGCAUCCACCAUUGCCUAUGUCAGCUCAGCUGUCUCAUCGGCAAAUGUUGGAGAGCCUUUUCCCACUGCCCAGGGUGCUGCCAGUCCCAGAGCCCCCCUUGGGGCCAGUUGCUGCUAUGCCCACAUAGCCCUGAGGGCUCUGCACGCUUGCCUAUAGGCACCAGCCUGCUGGCUGCAGGUAGGGAUCGUCCCAGCAGGGAAGGCGAGAGCACCCCUAAGAGCUGGGGGCAGAAUCGCUUUCAUGAAGUCACCUGAGCCUGCCUUUGCCAGAGGGGUCUUGCCCCUCUCCAUGGAAGGCUGGGUCCUUCCUGCCCUGUUCAGUUGAGCCCCUAGGGCUGGCACAGGGAUAGGGGGAUGUGGCAUCCGGUGCUGGCUGAUGUAUCUUGGCAGGCAGAGCAGCACCCGCAGCGUAGACCUGUUCUCUCUCCCUCAGAGGAUCCAUCCUCUUCUCUCCUGCACCCCCUUGCAGCUGAGGGACAGCCUCUCCCUGAACAGGCCCAGGGGGGUUGCUGUUGAUCAGAACAGGCCUGCUCCCCCCCUGAACUCAGCCUGCUGCAUUAUCUGCCCCUUCUGGGCUGGAGCAUAAGUGGGGCCUGGAAAUCAAGCUGUAAAUGUCUUUUAAAGGAACCCUUUAGGCUAAGGGCUGAAUUCCUCAUUCCUCCUGCAGUCGCUGUCUCCAUCAGCUGAGCCAGGCCCUCACAGCAUAGACUUAACCAGCAUCUGUCAGGGCUAGAACUGCAGGUGGGGGCAGGGCUGGCAGUUCCCAGCUGUAGCCUGCAGCCCCAGCAAGAGCAGGGAAGGCAGCAACUCAGGCCCAGCCUAAAUGGGACCCCCCAACCCAGGGGGAAAGAGCAGGUGAGGGAUGGUGCCAGUGGCUGGGGUGCAGCUUCCCAGAGGCAGGAGAAAAGGGGGCUCGACCAUGGUCCAUGGAUGCAGCUGUGUCCUAGGCUUGCCCAGCACUGCACAAAGCAAUAACCCUCUUGAGAGCCUCACAAUCAGGUUGGACCCAUUUUUUAAAGGAUUUAUUUAUGUCGCUGCUUGCAUGGGGGAGCUGAGGGGAGGGGAGAGGCGGGACUAGCUCGUCUCCUUUUGGACACAGCCCUUCUGUUUCUCCUCCUCGGGUCUGUUUGAAGCUGCCCCCUCCCUGGGCUGAGGGAAAUGCAGCUUGCAGGAGUUUAAAGCUGGCAGCUCUACCUGAGCUACGUGACUGUGAACUGGAACAUUCUGCAUCCUGGCUGGCUGGGGGCCUGGCCUCCUGUUCAUUCUAUGUAUGAAAGUACUGGCCUGUUCUCAGAGCAUUCCCCGGAGCUGCUCUCUCCCUGCGUAAGCAGCAACUUCCUCUGGGCUGGGGGCUGCUGAGGCCGCAGGGAGAGAGAAAGAAGCUUCUGUCCAUUCCUGAAAAUGGCUUUUAGUUCUCGGUCUUCCUUGGGGAGGGUUUGUGUUCCACACCCUUGGAUAUGAGAUUAAAGCAAACAGAAACUUC